UUGGGAUCUCAGUUACCCAAGGAAAAUCUUUCAUUUACCCCAAAACAAAAUGAAACUUUAGCCUUAACAGCCUUCAUCCUGCGUCCCGUCCCCCUUCAAUGAACCGAAAAUGGCACCUAUUGGCUCUUGGGCUUGUCCUGGGACUGACCACUGUCUGUACCUCCUUUGUGGCAGGUUUUUACUCCCAUCACGAGAUCGCCAGUCGAAGGCUGCAGCAGUUGAUACAAGAAGAUCCCUAUGCCUACUACAUUAGUCCCAAAAUCUAUAAAGUGUUUUCUUUCUUUAGAACUAAAGAUGAAGCUGAUCAUCGACUGAGGCAGAUCAUGAAGUAUGGUUUCCCGGGUCUGGAUGACUUACGGCUGUACAGUGACUUUGUGCUAUCCUACGAUCGACGGAAUCGUGUGGCCCAUUGGGUGUGUGAGCAUCUGCAGGUGGACGCACUGCAGUCCGGCCAAGUGAGUCGACAUCGUGCCUCGUAUCGACCGGAUUUGAGUGUGCCCUCGAAUUUCCGAUCAACCCUGGCGGAUUAUCAUCGCUCUGGCUUCGACCGUGGUCAUCUGGCGGCAGCUGGCAAUCAUCGCGGACUCCAGAGCCACUGCAACGAAACCUUCUUCCUGACCAACAUAGCACCACAAAUUGGUCGCGGCUUCAAUAGUGGGGCUUGGAACAAACUGGAGAUCUAUGUGAGGGAUCUAACCCUUCGCUUUGGAUCGGUGUACGUCUGCACGGGUCCUCUGUACAAGCCCAAGCAGCGAACGGGAGGCAAACUCAGCGUGGAGUUCGAGAUGAUUGGCUUGAAUAUGGUGGCAGUGCCAACGCACUUCUUCAAGGUCAUCAUUGUGGAGUCGAAGCUGCCUCUGGGCAAACCCUAUAUGGAGGGUUACGUUCUGCCCAACACUGCCCUUCCAGAUGGACUCAAUUUGCGCUCUUUCCUCUGUGACAUCCGGGAAAUUGAACACUAUGCCGGUCUGAAGUUCUUCGAUGGUAUCAGAAAUGCAAUUUUCGCCAGCAAUUAUCCGAGGGAGUCUCAAGUGUUUCGGGAUUUCGGUUAACAAAUAAUCCGAGGGGGACAAAAUCAGUUGGCAAAAUAAUUCAUCAGUCUCCUAACUCUCAACAAAGUAUUAUAUAAUUCGAUAUUCUAUCCUAAGGAAAAGACUGGAUUCUUUUUUUGGGCUUUUCUGCAGCAGGAGGUGUCUCCAAGGCUCCAUUAGGAGCGAUUCGUAUGAGAGGUGCGCAAGGGUGGAUAUGCCACCAUUUUCGCAUUGGAUAUCCUGAAUCUGCGCUUCAAUGAUGUAUUUGUGCUGAGUGUUGUUUCCAUUGAGAUGGGCAAGGUCUUCAAGCGCCUUAUUUGGGACGCAUGUCGCGUUAAAAACGCGGGAAACUUCGGUAUACACUAACUAAACUAAACAAUGUAACUAAUGUUCUUAUACUCACACGCCGGUUCCAUUGCAAGUUAAGCGAUCAUCGUUUCCGCAUCAAAGACUAAGGAUAAACAAGGAUCUGCAGCCAAUGAUCGAAAUUUUACACUAAGUUACUGACAUCAUCUAAUAGAGAUGCAAUCGAAUAAGGUGACGCGUAAAAUGAUCCGCAUUUUAUUUCAAAUUUUUAAUUGUUUUUGUAAUUUGACUUUUGCAAAAUUUAGUGUGCAUACAAUUAGAAAACAAUUGGAAUUUGUAUCUUUUUUCAUUAAUUUAUAAUUACAAGCAGAUAUGGCCACGUGACGUCACAAAUUGUUUUUAUUACAUUACACGCACCACCUCUACACGCAACUACAGUGCGCUAACAGCACGCCGUGUUAGUUAACAGAGACUGCGAACAGCUGAUUUGCUUGCCAGUCACCCCGCGCAGACGACAACUUUACGUGGCAAGCAGCAAAAAAAAUCGAAUUAGGGAACUGACGUGGAAGUUCCUUUUUGCUUCAAACCAUUUUCGCUUUUAAUUGCAAUCCCUGUGCCGUGGCCAAGGAAAGUUCCAGCGGAACGCUUGAAGGGCAUCCAGCA